CUUACUUUCUUUGUACACACACACGCACACACUUUCUCUCUCUCUCUCUCCCUCUCUCUCUCUCUCACUUACACACACAAUUUCAAUAACUGACAUGGCUACCGAACGUGAAGAUAAGGUCUACAUGGCCAAGAUUGCCGAACAGGCGGAGCGUUAUGAUGAAAUGGUUAACUCCAUGAAGGAUGUCGCCAAGUUGGGUGUUGAUCUGACUGUUGAGGAGCGCAACUUGUUGUCUGUCGCUUACAAGAACGUGAUUGGUGCCCGUCGUGCUUCCUGGAGAAUCGUUUCCUCCAUCGAGCAGAAGGAGGAGUCCAAGGGCCACGAUGCCCAGGUUGCCAAGAUCAAGGAAUACAGAAAGAAGAUCGAGAGCGAGCUCUACGAUGUCUGCAACGACAUCCUUGCCCUCCUCAAGGACCACCUCAUUCCCUCUGCCACCGAGGGUGAGGCCAAGGUAUUCUACUACAAGAUGAAGGGUGACUACCACCGCUACGUUGCCGAGUACGCCACCGGCGACGAGCGCAAGGAAGCCGCCACUGCUGCCCACGAUGCCUACAAGGCUGCCACCGAUGUUGCCCAGGUCGAGUUGGCCACCACCCACCCCAUCCGUCUUGGUCUUGCCCUCAACUUCUCCGUCUUCUACUACGAGAUCCUCAACUCCCCCGACCGUGCUUGCCACCUUGCCAAGCAGGCAUUCGACGAUGCCAUUGCCGAACUCGAUACUCUGUCCGAGGAGUCUUACAAGGAUUCUACUCUCAUCAUGCAGCUCUUGAGAGACAACCUCACCUUGUGGACUUCUGACCUCCAAGAGGAGAGCGAGAAGAACGACAAGAAGGCAGAGGAUGAUGAGGCUCGCGAUUAAAGAAGUUUGUUUUUGUUAUAAAGAGCAUCAAAGAGAGAAAGAGACACCAAAUAAACAAAAGGAGUGAUUUCAAGGGGUGCUUUUUAUUUUCCUUUUUAUUCUGUUUUUUUUUUCAAAAAAAAAUAAUUAAUAAGGAAAUCAUAAAAAAAACAAACCCUUGAACGUCUCUUCCUUUACCCCCCCUUUUUUUUAACUCUUCUUUAGAGAAAGAGAAGUGCUUUUCCAAAAAAAACAAAAAAAAAAAAGCCAAAUCAUUACCACAAUAAUAUUAAAGAACAACAUAAAAACAAACAUACAACUGAAUAUGGAUAUGAAAAAAAAAACAAUAUUCCUCAAUUC